AGUUAUAGCUAGCCAACAUUCAAAUUUCUUCUAUUACUGCAUCAUUCCCUGACUGUUGAAUAAUGGCUGACGCAGAAGAAAUGGAUUAAUGAAUUUGGGAACAUACAGUGUUUUAUCUUUAUGCGAAAGAUCUUCUAAUGGAGAUAAAACAAGAGGUAUUUGACAUGGUGUUUACUCCGGACGACAGAUUGGGAAAACAAUGUCUGCUCCUCCCGCUUCUGCUCCUCGCAGCUUGGAAGGUGGGGAGCGGUCAGCUCCACUACUCCGUCUCCGAGGAGGCCAAACACGGCACCUUCGUUGGCCGCAUCGCGCAGGACCUGGGGCUGGAGUUGGCGGAGCUGGUACCGCGCCUGUUCCGGGUGGCAUCCAAAGACCGCGGGGACCUUCUGGAGGUAAAUCUGCAGAAUGGCAUUUUGUUUGUGAAUUCUCGGAUUGACCGCGAGGAGCUGUGCGGGCGGAGCGCGGAGUGCAGCAUCCACCUGGAGGUGAUCGUGGACAGGCCGCUGCAGGUUUUCCAUGUGGACGUGGAGGUGAAAGACAUUAACGACAACGCGCCCUUGUUCCCGGUAGAGGAACAAAGAGUGCUGAUUUAUGAAUCUAGGCUGCCAGAUUCUCUGUUUCCACUGGAGGGCGCGUCAGAUGCAGAUGUUGGCUCAAAUUCUAUCUUAACCUAUAAACUCAGUUUCAGCGAAUACUUCGGGCUAGAUGUGAAAAUAAACAGUGAUGACAAUAAACAAAUCGGGCUCAUAUUAAGGAAGUCUUUGGACAGAGAGGACGCUCCUGCACACAACUUAUUUCUGACAGCCACAGAUGGGGGCAAACCCGAGCUCACAGGCACUGUUCAGCUGCUGGUCACAGUGCUGGACGUGAAUGAUAAUGCUCCCACUUUCGAACAGUCUGAAUAUGAAGUAAGAAUAUUCGAAAACUCAGACAACGGAACGGCAGUUAUCAGACUGAAUGCUUCUGAUCGGGAUGAAGGAGCGAAUGGGGCAAUUUCAUACUCUUUUAAUAGCCUUGUUCCCACCAUGGUUGUUGACCAGUUUAGCAUCGAUCCAAAUACGGGAGAAAUAGUGAUUCGGGGUAAUUUGGAUUUUGAACAAGUAAAUUUAUACAAAAUUCGCAUUGACGCGACAGACAAAGGCCACCCUCCCAUGGCGGGUCAUUGCACCGUUUUAGUGAGAGUUUUGGAUAAAAACGAUAACGUCCCUGAGAUCGCAUUGACUUCCUUAUCCUUGCCGGUACGUGAAGACGCUCAAUUCGGUACUGUCAUCGCCCUAAUAAGCGUGAACGACCUCGAUUCAGGUGCCAACGGGCAGGUGACCUGCUCCCUGACACCCCACGUCCCCUUCAAGCUGGUGUCCACCUUCAAGAAUUACUACUCGUUGGUGCUGGACAGCGACCUGGACCGGGAGACAGUGUCUAUUUAUGAGCUGGUGGUGACCGCGCGGGACGGGGGCUCCCCUUCGCUGUGGGCCACGGCCAGCGUGUCCGUGGAGGUGGCCGACGUGAACGACAACGCGCCAGUGUUCGCGCAGCCCGAGUACACGGUGUUCGUGAAAGAGAACAACCCGCCGGGCUGCCACAUCUUCACAGUGUCGGCGCGGGACGCGGACGCGCAGGAGAACGCGCUGGUGUCCUACUCGCUGGUGGAGCGGCGGGUGGGCGAUCGCGCGCUGUCGAGCUACGUGUCGGUGCACGCGGAGAGCGGCAAGGUGUACGCGCUGCAGCCGCUGGACCACGAGGAGCUGGAGCUGCUGCAGUUCCAGGUGAGCGCGCGCGACGCGGGGGUGCCGCCUCUGGGCAGCAACGUGACGCUGCAGGUGUUCGUGCUGGACGAGAACGAUAACGCGCCGGCGCUGCUGGCGCCUCGAGUGGGUGGUACCGGCGGCGCAGUGAGCGAGCUGGUGCCGCGGUCGGUGGGUGCGGGUCACGUGGUGGCAAAGGUGCGCGCAGUGGACGCUGACUCCGGCUACAAUGCGUGGCUUUCGUAUGAGCUACAGCCAGCGGCAAGCAGCGCACGCAUCCCGUUUCGCGUGGGGCUGUACACGGGCGAGAUCAGCACGACUCGUGUCCUGGAUGAGUCGGACUCUCCGCGCCACCGCCUGCUGGUACUGGUGAAGGAUCACGGUAAGCCGGCGCUGACAGUCACGGCCACGGUGCUAGUGUCGCUCGUGGAUGGUGGCCAGGCUCCAAAGGCGUCAUCGCGGGCGUCGGUGAGCGCCACGGGCCCGGAGGCGGCGCUGGUGGAUGUCAACGUGUACCUGAUCAUCGCCAUCUGCGCAGUAUCCAGCCUGCUGGUGCUCACGCUGGUGCUGUACACCGUGCUGCGGUUCUCAGCACCGCCCACUGAGGGCGCGUGUGUAGUGGGCAAGCCCACGCUAGUGUGCUCCAGCGCGGUGGGGAGCUGGUCGUACUCGCAGCAGAGGCGGCAGAGGGUGUGCUCUGGAGAGGGCCCACCCAAGAUGGAUCUCAUGGCCUUCAGCCCCAGCCUUUCACCUUGUCCUGUUGUGAUGGGUAGGACGGAGAAUCAGGAUUUAAGGGCGGAGAAUCAGGAAUUAAAUGAAGAGCAUGAUGUCAAAGUAAGUGAAUUUUCAUAA